ACAAUGUAGUCACCAAACGGUACGGUGUUUGAGUGUUUGGUAAAGAACGUUAGAAUGCUUAUCAUCUAUUCAUAGUCUUCACCAUCCUCACACAUUUGAUACAUGACCACAAAAACAGUCACCAACCACAAAGCCAUGCUCUCCCUAUGCAUUCUUUCCAUUCUCUUACUUCUUCUAAUGCCAUUGACGACUAUAGCUAAUAACAAAAUUCGCAUUUCUUCAAAGUUAAGAUUACCCGAGAAGCUCAGCAUCACAGAUCAUUUGCCACAAGAAUUGGUUUCCAACAUCCUUUCAAGGUUGCCAGCGAAAGAGUUAUGGAGAUGCAAGUUUGUUUGCAAGUCAUGGUUCCAUCUCAUAAAUGAUCCUAAUUUUGUUACCAAUUACUAUGUCGUCUACAACAAUAGCAACCAUAACCAUUCUCAUCUCCUCCUUAUUCAAAGACCUUCACUUUCUAGCAAUAAAACAUUCAUUUCUGUUCUUUCUUGUAAUAAUGCCACAGGAUCCGUUUCUUCUCAAACUCUAAACCUUCCUUGUGAAUACAAUUCAGAUCACAAAUAUUGGACCGAAAUCAUGGGUCCUUGCAACGGCAUAUAUUUUCUCGAAGGCAAUCCAAAUAUGAUGAUGAAUCCCUCUUUAGGACAAUUCAAGGCUCUGCCGGAAUCUCAUUUCACAACCCCAAUUGGGACAAACUCUUUGUCCGAUUAUGCCGGAUUUGGCUUUGACUCAAAAGCUAAUGACUAUAAAGUUGUAGUGAUCAAGGAUCUUUGGAACAGGGAAACGGAUCAAAGAAGACUUUGGUGUUGGACAGCAGAGUUGUUCAGUCUCAAUUCGAACUCUUGGCGAAAACUUGAUGCUCCUCUGCCAUCCCCCAUCGAAAUUUCGGCCUCUUCUCGAGUUUACACUUAUGAAAACAAUUGUUGUCACUGGUUGGGUUACGUUGAAGAUGAAUUUGGUAAAAGAAAAGAUGUGGUUCUAUCAUUUGACAUGGUGAAUGAAGCCUUCAGAAAGAUCAAUGUACCGAGAGUAUGCAAAUCUUCGAUAGCAUCCUUCGCCACGCUUGUCCCGUUCGAAGAAUCUGCUAGCAUUGGUGUGGUUGUGAGAGGGAAGGAGAAACGGUAUGAUGUUUGGAUGAUGAAGGAUUAUUGGGAUGAAGAAUCUUGGGUGAAGCUAUACAGUGUUGGACAUGUUGAAGUGAUUUCAAGGCUUGUGGGAUUUUAUAAGAGUAAUCAACUUCUUUGGAAAGGUAAUGAUGAAAGACUAGUAAUGUAUGAACGUGAUUCCCAACAAGUAAAGGAUCUUCAUGUUUAUGUUAAGAAUGAUUCACUAAGAGCUGCUAGAUACAUGGAAACCCUUGUUUCACUUCAAAGGGGACAUUAGUUUCGUCGCCAAUGUCUUUUAAUUGAUUCGAUUGGAUCUCAGAUCCUGUGAGUGACUACCAAUUAAAUCAGAGAUAAUGAAUGGUCGGAUGAUAUAUGCCAAUAGUUUCUUACCGUUGUUUAAGACCAUAAAUGUUGUAGGGAAGGAACCAAAAUAAGCAUUGAUUUCUUCCUCUAUUGGAAAACUAAAUAGUCUUAAUUUCUUAGCUAGGGUCUAAAUCUGCUUUGUAUAUAUCCAUUCACUCUUGCCCUCGUUUUUUCAUAUACAUGACAAUAUUAAUGUAAUUGGAUGAAAGAAUCAUGAAUAUAA